AUGGUACGAAGCAGAGAUGACAAGAAAAAGAAGAAGCCACGUCGUAAGGAGAGCUACGCCAUUUACAUCUACAAGGUCCUGAAGCAAGUCCACCCCGACACCGGAAUCUCUUCCAAGGCCAUGAGCAUCAUGAACAGCUUUGUUAACGAUAUUUUCGAGCGCAUCGCUGCUGAAGCUUCCCGCUUGGCUCACUACAACAAGCGUUCUACGAUUACUUCUCGCGAGGUUCAAACCUCUGUCCGUCUGUUGUUGCCAGGAGAAUUGGCCAAACACGCCAUCUCUGAGGGCACCAAGGCUGUCACCAAGUACACCAGCUCCAAGUAAUUGUU